GGAGUUUAAUCUAUGCUAAAGGCAGUGUUGUGGUAGGACAACGUCCCAGCAAAAUAGCUUGGACUUGGACGUCCAAGGACUGGGACUGUCUCAGACUGUCCCGUCCAAGGACAUGCCCCGGCCCAGUCAAAACAUUGAAGGCAAUCUGA